AUGGAAACUUGGCUUCGGUCCGCAGAUUCAUUUUCGAGCUCAAAGAACCGUCAAAUUGCAUCCGCGACAGAUCAAUUAAAGCGGUCUACAAACACGUUAGCCCAAUCGGCAGACCAGGCGAACAAGCUAGCCAUCAUGGCCAGCGAGACCAGCGAGACCAAGCCCACCGAAGAUCGAAAACGGUCAGCUUCGACGACGACCAAAACUUUUGAAACAUCUCAACCGCUAGCCACACAGCCUUCGCGAAACUCUUAUCCUUAUCCACAAUCUCGUGACUCUGUUGGAUCUAAAACGUUCGAAACACCUCAACCGCCAGCAACACAGAGUCCACGAAACUCUUAUCCCUAUCCGCAAUCUCCUGACUCUGUUGGAUCAUUGAGCACUUUGCAAUCGCGGACGACAUCCAAAUCAUCGUCAGUAUCCAGACUGGCAUCACUUUCCAGAUCGGAGCAAUCAGCAUCAUCAGUAGACUCGCCUGUAUCACCACCACAAAAGUCAGCGCCGUCUGUAUCAGAUAUCAGCUCAACAGCCCCAAAUAAACCUCCACUCGACUUCGACAUGAAAAAGAAGAAGAAGAAAGUGGCAGACCAGCAAGUGAAAGAGCUGAUUGAGUUGGCGGAUAAAAUUGACGCCGAUUUGAAACAAGCCAAAAGUUUGAGAGACCAAAAAUCAGCUCAGCUGGGCGAUGUUGAGCAUAAUUGGAGCAAUACGACAAUGACGGAUACCGAAGAAUCACUGGGAGAGAUACAAAAAAUUCUCGAGUCAUAUCGCGCUGUGUUGAGUGUGAAGAAGCGUAAAGGAAAGCUGAACAGAUCAAGUCGAAAGCGUUGGAGAACACAAGAUUGUCAAAUUGCCGGAGACAAAUACCCUCGUCUUGUUCUGUAUCAAGGUCGGUUAGAAAAGGUGCUUGGUCAUCUUCAGAAGGUAGCCAUUCUCAAGGAGCCAUCACCACGCGAAGAGAAACAGUUUCCGCCGCUCCCUGUCCAGACACCCAUGGCAAACCCGUUUGCGGAACUUUCAGUCGACGAGGAAGUGCAAAUGAAGCCAUUUGCAGAGCUUGCAGUCGAUGAUGAAGUCAUGACUUCUCUGCCAACGAUCGUUGAGCUCCCUGUUGACUCGACAACUCUGUCCUCCAAGAAAACCUUUAUCGCCGAGUUACCUGGAAAUGCGUUCCAUAUCAGGCGGAAGCCCAUACAGCCAGUACCGAAAUUUUAUGUGACGAAGCGUUCACAUGAUCUAUCGGCUGAACAGGUGGAAAGGAAUGAUGCGGGUGAAGAGUCAAGUCACGAGAACAGAGUGAUGAAUGAAUCGACGGAGCGGGAAAAGACAAAGAACGAUAUUCAGAUCCAGCAAACGGAGUCAUUGGCUCAGAUCGUGUCUGAGAUGGAAAAUAAUCGGAUUCAAUGA